GCGCGCCUUGUCGCUGGGUCAAUGACUUGAAAGUACUUGCAGUGUGCGGUUGGCGGUGCGUGUAGCAACCAGUGGUUGUAGUGACGGAAUUCUACCCACUAAGCUGGCUCUCUCUCGCUUUGGUUCGCCGCUGCGUGCUUCACUGCACUAGUCGCGCAAGAGAAAUCUGUGCCAAACGGCUUCGCUGCAGUUUGUGCUCUGGGGACCGCUCAGACCCAGAUGAAACGGCCAACCGUGUUACCGAUUCUUCUCGCCAGCCUGGCGGCGGCAGCAACAGCGACAGCAGGGAAAGGGGGCUUCAGCUGGGAUCUGAAAGAGUUAGCGCCUAAAGAGCGUUUUGCCAUCCUGGCUCACCACAACCGUCUCAGGAGCAAAGUGCAGCCUCCUGCAGCCAACAUGCAGAAAAUGGAGUGGAGUGAGAAGCUUGCCCGACUGGCACAGGUGAGGGCGAGCAGUUGCCAGAGGAGUCAGCAGGACCAGCAGAUUGAGGUGGCGGAGGAGGAGGAGGAGGAGAUUGGCUGGAAUUUUCACACCACUAUGGACCCAAGAGCAUCUUUCUCAAAUGUCAUCGACGUCUGGUUCAGAGAGGCUCAGAAUUACCACUACCACACGGGCCAGUGCAAGUACAAUGCCUCGUGCCAGCAUUAUACACAGCUGGUGUGGGCCACUUCAAGCAAGGUGGGAUGUGGCAAGCACGUUUGUGUCCAGAAUGGGCAGUGGAUGGUGAAUAUUGGCUGUGCCUAUUCUCCAGGAGGAAACUGGGAAAUCAACGGGAGAACAAUCAUUCCGUAUAAAGAAGGAUCUUCGUGCUCACUCUGCACUUCCCGCAUGUCAGGCUGUUUCAAAUCCUGGGAUCACCAUGGAGGUCUGUGUGAGGUGCCAAGGAACCCUUGUCGGAUGAGCUGUGGUAACAGAGGCCAGCUGAACAUGAGCUCGUGUCGAUGCGAGUGCCUGCCAGGGUUCACUGGAAGGUAUUGCCAAGUCAGGUGCAGCCUGCAGUGUAUUCAUGGCAAGUACAGAGAUGAGGAGUGUUCCUGCAUUUGUGACGUGGGAUAUGGCGGUGCGCUGUGUGCGGAAAAACUGGAGUUUCCAUUCCACACCUGUGACAUGCGGAUUGAUGGCGACUGCUUCAUGGUCUCUCCAGAAGCAGAUACUUACUACGGAGCCAAGCAUAAAUGUCAGGAGCGUGGUGGGAUUUUAGCACAAGUUAAAAACCAGAAGGUACAGGAUAUCCUGGCCUUCUACCUGGGGCAGCUGGAGAACGCCAACGAGGUUACCAACCCUGACUUUGAAACACGCAACUUCUGGAUUGGCUUAACAUACAAAACGUCGAAGGACUCAUACCGUUGGGAUACCGGGGAGAUUCCCUCCUUUUACAGCUUUGCAUUUGGGCAGCCGGAUAAUCAAGGGUUUGGAAACUGCGUCGAGUUGCAAAUCUCCAGUGCGUUUAAUUGGAACGACCAGCGCUGUAAGACUCGUAACCGAUACGUCUGCCAAUUUCGAGAAGAGCAUGUUGCGCUGUGGGAAUGAAGGAUCGAGUCAGAUGUGUUUCCACAAGGGAGUAAAGAGGCCACCUUCACUUUGUUCCUGAGCUCCACUAACCACUACAGUAGUUUAGCGACUGGGGUCGUAGGUUUGCAAUUGUGUUGAAAGUCAGGUUAUUUUGUGGCUAAUUACUGUUCCAGUCCUCUUGAAAUUGGGCAGGUAUUGUACUUUGGAUUGUAAACCCUGUUGCUAAUGUACAAGGGGACUUGUUUCAAAGGAAAGGAGUAUUAUGUAAGAGGUCCUGGUGUUCUUCUGAUACAGGAAGCAGGGUUGCUGCAGUGCUGAGUUUAGUGAUCUCCUAGGUAGAGCAUUGUUAAAACCAAUAUUCAUUAGAGUGCUAGCUCUCAGGAAUACCUUGCUGCUGAAUACUGGGGUGUAGGUCACUGCCUGAAGCUUGCAACAAGGACACCUCCUGGUUUUGGUCGUGCCUGGUUGCCCAGACCCUUUCUGCAGGGAGAACAGGAGUGGAACCUGCCAUGUUAGCAGAUGGGUUGCCUUUUACUGGUCCGCCUUUGCUUGCCUGGUGGUGGGAGCCCCUUUUGCUUUCUUGUUUUGCUGAGACCGAGAUGCUCGCAGAGUUCAAAAUUCUGGAGUUUGGGUUGGGAGGACGGGAGGGUGGCGGGUAAGGUAAAGAUUCACCUUCCUUCCUCCCCUGCCCCCCACUCCCUCCCUGGGUGCGUGAAAAUCAAAAAAAAAAAUUGCAGAUGCUGGCAACCUGAAAUAAAAGCAAGUGCUGGAAAUGCUCACUGGUCAGACAGCAUUUUUGGAGAGAGAUGUGUCUGGCGGGGUGAGUAUACAUAGCUGUACUUUGGGUUCUGCUGGGGUGGAAGCGUGUUCCUCGCCCCUUCCAGCUGGAGCUGCAUUGUCAUCUGCGAUACAUCGAAAGGGCAGGCAUACUCACAUUGAGAAGACUGUACCAAACCACUACUCAAUAAACUAGUGAACUGAAUGUCGUACAAUAUGUUGUAUUUAUAGCAGGCCUCUUAAAUGGUCAAAAGAUGUUAAAAUCUUAUAAAAGUAACUGGUUUGAUAUUGAAAGUGGUAUUGUGCAGAUAUUCACCACAUUGCAGCCAUUUCCAUCUUUACGGAAAACUGAACUGACGGUGAUCGAAGUGGCAAGGAGCGGAAAGGGCCUGCCAGGAUCCAUUUGACUGGAUAUCCCUAGUCUCUUCGCCACAUCCCCAAAUCAUGUCUAUGUCCAGGACUCCACCUAAUUGACUCUCAAACUCACCUGGUUAAUGGCCUUGAGUUGGCACAUGGCAUCUGAAUACAUCUUGCUGUGUUGUUGCUCUGAUAGAGUUAUUGAGUGCAGGUGACACUGAACGAGGCCUGUAGCCCAUUGUGUCCGUUCUGGUAUACUGGCUACCUAACCUCAUCUCAUCUUCCAGUGUUUGAUCCGUAGCCUGACAGGUCUUUAUGUUGUUUAAAUGUGGUUAAGGUUUCUUCUUCUACCACAACUUGAGGUAGUUCCAGUCCUUCAUCGGUCAUUAAGUGAAAACACAUUUUCUCAUCUUUCCUCUUAAAUCACUUUAAAUUUUUGAUUCCUCAGAUCAAGGAAACAAGUCCUUCAAGUUUAAUCUGUUUAUGUCCCUGGCCCAUCCACUCUUUCCUUAUUGCUAAAAUGUCCAAGUCCUGGAAAUAUCUUCACAAAUCUAGUCUCCACCCUCUGUAGUGUAGUCAUCAUCCAUAUAAUGUGACCAGAACUGCAUAAGGUACUGUACUUAAAUGGUAUCUUAAUCUAGAAUAUCCAGCUGUUCUUACAUUCUGUAUUUUACCUAAUAAAGGAAGGUUUUCCAUACGCCUUUUUAACCACUUUGGUGACCUAUUCUGCUUUUAAAAAAUAUAAGGGCACAUUAAUUCUAUUGUGUUUCUUGUAUUUACUGUGAUUGCCUGCAAGAAAAGGAAUGUCAGGAAUGUAAUGGUGACAUUUAUGCACUUUGAUAAUAAAUUUACUUUGAACUUUGAUUCUGUAAGGUCCCUCUAUUACCCAAACCACACAAUAAACUUAUUAUACAUUCGAUUAGCAUGUUAAAUCUCUACAUGCAUAGGUCACACUUUAAAUUCCUCGUCAGUUUUCUGUUCAACUGAGUUCGUCAUCCAAAUUCGGAAGCAGGAAGUUUUCCUACUCCCUGACAACAUGUCCAAUCCUGAAAGUGUACGGUAUUACACUGUUAACCAAACUCUACCCAUGCUUUCUCUGUUUGCUGGUCUACAUCGGUGUCUACUGUCAAAAUAGAGUGAAUUUUGUUCUGCAGUGCUACCAUACUUUGUUUUAUCAUGGAUUAUAAUCAGACAUUUUCUGCUGACAUAUAGUA